AGAGAGACCUUCGACGCUACUGUAAGGCGAAGAUGGGGUUGAAGUUUGACAGCAGCGGCAUCCGGAGACGUGCAGACGGCUCGUGGGUGGAUCUGGAGAGCUCGGAGCAAGGACCGGCACCUGAUAUGGAAACGGCUGAGAGGCGCGUGUUUGAAGGGCUGGGGCUAGAGUGGCGGCCGCCAGCAGAGAGGUGUACAGGAUGAAGAGGGCUGAAGUUUAGUUGACGAUGCAGCCAAUCCUUUGGCAGCCCUUUGUUAAUGUUAACUUUGCGUGUUCUCUUUGACGAUAGCCGAGUCAUAACCAGAAGUCCCCCGACAUCCGAACUUAUACAUGGACCAGGCAAAACAGCGUCUUGCUUUACUUUUGCGUCACAAUGUGACUCAUGAGGAUUCAUUCAUAUGAAAGCAAUAUUAUUAAUGUGUUUGAUAAGCAUGACAAUCAAUUGCGAAGGAGCGAGCUGAGCGUGGUGAGUCUGAUGCUCGAAGCCCGAAUGCCUGAUACCGAUGCUCGAAGCGAAAGCGAGGCGGACUUUUGGCGUUUAGAGCGGCGGACUUUGAGCAUCCUUUAUGCCCUCAAGGAUGCAACUAAAGCGCAAGGGUUACGUUUUAGUUUUGAGCCUCGCUAAAGGGAGCAGGAAAAAAAAAAGUGGUCUUAAUA